AUGGAGGAAGCUAUUAAAGAAUAUGAUGAACUGGUUGCUAAAGGACAAUUUCAAAAAGCCUACGAUCUUGCUACAAACACUCUGGAAGUUCAUAAUCAAGUAGAAAUGCUGUGGAGGAAAGCUCAAGUCUGUUUUCUAUUUGUUUAUUAUGUGGAUACUAAACCAAGCAAAGAAGUGUGUGAGAAGUAUUUAACAGAAGGCAUGAAUUCUGCUAAACGAGCUGUUGCUGUAGACAAAAAACAUGCGAAUUCUUUAACUUGGUAUGGAAUUCUGUUGGAUGAAGUUAGCAAUCUUAAAGGGAUACAGGAGAGAAUGAAGAAUGUCGGUGAAUUAUAUGUUUUGUGGACGAAAUCUCAACAAAUUGAUCCAAAUAACUUUCUGACUGAGAGCAGUCUUGGAAUCUGGCAUUUUAUUAUGACGGAAUUUUAUAAUUCCAAACCAGAGUUUUUUCGAAAUACCAACUUCACUGGGAAUGAAUUCUCUUAUCAAAAGGCCCUGGAACAUAUGCUCAAGUGUGAAAGCUUGGCACCCGGUAGAUCACUGAUAACAUUGGAAUAUUUGGCCAAGUGUUAUGCACGUCUCGGUGACAAGGAUAAGGCUAGAGAAGUCUGUCAGAAAGUACUCAAUCAUCCUGCUAGACAUGUAGAAGCACAAGAGGCCAAGAAGGCAGCUGAUGAACUGCUGAGACAGCUUAAAAGAUAA